CUUUUCAGCUCUGCUGAGACAUCACAGACUGCAGGGAUGCAGAAAACUAUCCCUGCCUGCUUCUUCCAGCAAAUGUAUUCUUCCCUAACUGGCAUUUUGAUGGAGAGAGACCACAUGAAAGAUCUCAGAAGAUACCUGGCACUGAAAUAUAUCCAGUACCUCGUCCUGUCUUCCUCCAACGCUGUCAGCACCCUGCUGGGGCUGCUGGGCAGCGCCUACACCAUGAUCCUCCUGCACUCUGCCAAGGUCUCCUCCAAGUCCACUGCAGUCCUCAUCUCCAGCCUGGCCCAGGCAGACAUCCUGGUUUUCCUUAGCCUGGUUUUGGGGGGUUUUGGCGUCUCGUCCCUGCCGCGGGUGCUGCUCGUGGCCAACGCCCACCUGAGCUGUGUCCUGCUCAGCUGCGUGGCCCUGGAGGCUUAUCUGAUCACCUUCCUGCCCUCGGAGUCACGGCCCCACAGGACAGUCAGCAAUGCCAGGCUGCUCUCCAGGGGGAUCUGGGUGCUGGUGGCCGCAGAGUGUGCCCUGUUCCUCCUGGAUGAGCGCCUGAGGGCCAGCGCUGCCUCUGCCCCCUCCUGCAGCGCUCGGGGGCUCCUGCUCCAGCUCUCCAGCACAGCCACAGCCCUGCUCCAGUCCCUCAGCUACAUCCUGGGAAUCCUGCUGAGGAUUGUCAACGUCUACAUCUACUACAAGAUAUUUUUCAGCAUGUCUCCCAGGUCCAGACUCAAAUCCAAGUAGGAUGUGCUCCUUCUGGGAAUGCUGGGGCAGCACAAGACCCUUCAGUGCAAUUCCAAACCACUGUUCAAUGACCAGGACCAAGGCUCACCAGGGAUCUAAACCUUCCUGAUCCUGGUGCUGUCCAGCUGUUAUUGAGGAGAGUUUGGGGCUGAGGAGCCCCUUGGCAUUGAGACAACACAGCUGGUGUGUGUUUAUUUAGACUUUAUCCACCAUAGAGGUGAAACAAAAGACAUUUCAUGGUUGUAAACCAACCCCACUAUUUUUUAUAUCAAAAGGGUGCUUAAAGGCUUCCUCAGGGAUCUGUUGAGCCAAGAGUUGUGUAGUUGUUUACUGAAGACAGGAUCUAUGUCCUAAAAUAUUCCUAACCCAGGUGAUCCCAGGCAGUGCAGUGGGAUGGAGAGACAAGGUGAGCACCAAGAUGUCCAAGGUGGGCUCAGGGCAUCAGCCCCACCUGGAGAGCUCCUGGGACAGAGCUGGGCUGAGAUGCUACACCUUGGAACCUUCCCAGAGCUGCUCUUGGGAGAUUGUCACAGCAAAGCACAAAACAGCUUCUCUCACAUCCUUUGCAAUGCAGCUGUUUGCUCCAGCCCUGGGAGAGAGAGUUUGAGAACCCCCCUGUGUGGAGGUUCCAUGUACUGCACCCAGAACAAACCCAGCGCCUCCACGGCUGUGGGUUUAGAGCAGGGGGGGGUUUGUUUGGGUUAGCAGAGCUGUCCCACCUCCCCUGGCAGUGGUGUGGGAGAUCACAGCCACCAGUGUCCUUCUGACCUCACUAGGGCUUGGGUGGAUGUGUGAGAGCUGUUCCCUAGCUGCUGAUUCCUGGGAUUUCCUCCACACUCUGGGAUUUUAUCAGCAAAGAACAAAGUACUCCAGAUGCCUCUGACACUGCCCAGUGCACACAUGGCCAUGGGCACUUCCAAAUCCUGCUGACCUCACACAGGAGCUCCAGGUACAGACUGUGGUGAGGAGACACUGAGUUUCUGCCAGACAUUCUGUCAUCCCCAGAUGUUUCUGCCACCCAAAGAUCAUUUUGCCAUCCUAGAUCUUUCUGCCAUCCCAGGUCAUUCUGACAUCCCCAGAUGAUUCUGCCAUCCCCAAAUCCUUGUGCCAUCCCUAGAUCUUCCUGCUAUCCCCAGAUCAUUUUGCUAUUUCCAGAUAAUUCUGACAUUCCCAGAUGAUUCUGCCAUUCCCAAAUCAUUUUGCCAUUCCCAAAUCAUUUUGCCAUCCCAGAUUAUUCUGCCAUUUCCAGAUGAUUCUGCCAUUCCCAGGUCAUUCUGCCGUCCCCAGGUCAUUCUGCCAUCCCCAGAUGAUUCUGCCAUCCCCAAAUCCUUGUGCCAUUCCCAGAUGUUUAUGCUAUCCCCAGGUGAUUCUGCCAUCCCCAGGUGAUUCUGCCAUCCCCAAAUCCUUGUGCCAUUCCCAGAUGUUUAUGCUAUCCCCAGGUCAUUCUGCCAUUCCCAGGUGAUUCUUCUAUCCCCAAAUCCUUGUGCCAUUCCCAGAUGAUUCUGCCAUUCCCAGGUCAUUCUGCCAUCCCCAGGUGAUUCUUCCAUCCCCAAAUCCUUGUGCCAUUCCCAGAUCUUUCUGCCAUCCCCAGCUCGUGGCUGCAGCACCAGCAGCUGAGUGCCGACUUUGCUUCUCAGGGGACUGAAAGGCAAGCUCUGCCAAGGGCUGGGGAAUCAGUAAAAGCAGAGCAGAAAUGUAAUCAAGUCAAUUAAACCCUUGGAUGAACAUUCCCAGUCAAAGCUGGUCAGCAGGAAGGAUGUCCUAAUAACCUGAUGCACUGUGAUAACCUGUUCUUGCUCCUGAAACCAGAAGUGAGACACUUCCAGGAGAAAUGAA